AGUCAACACUUGCAAGUGAAUUACGUUUAAGCAAAUCUGUUGGAAUGUAUGAAUGUAUAAAAUCCUUAUGUAUAAUUUUUAUUGCUUCGCUUUGCUUCGUCCGUAUUUCUGUGUAUAUAUGAAUUCACAUUGUACACUACACAUACACUUCUUGCCGCUUGCCAGUUCUCGGUUGUAUGUGUGCUUGUUUUGUAUAAUCGUUCUGACGUAAGGAACAGUUGCUUUAGGACCCGCGACACAGUCACAUACAGUUCAUUCAGUCAGUCUUUUGAGAAGAUUUCGACCAAUGAGUUCAAUAGUGAUAUCGAUUACUAUUUUCAAUUGAAUAAAUUUCCAAAACCCAAAAUCUUCCAUACAAAAAAAAAGCGUAAACAAAAUACAAAAAUUCACCGUAAGAGUGAAUUGUCAAAACCGGUGAGCGAAAGUGCCGAAUUGAACGAAACCACUAGCGAGCGAUAGAAACCGCGUGCCGGCAUAAACGAAAUGCAACAAGUUUGAGAAGGAGAUUGAACUGAAAUAUACGCUAGAUGCGUAUUAAUAAAAAGUGAAUGCUGUGUUGUAAAGUGGAUGGAAUAGCUAGGAAAAAAUACCAUCAAAAACGGUUUAUUUCAUCGAAGCAAAAUAGAAAAACAACACGAAUGAGAGAAGAAAUGAUAUGUGCUCAAAUCGGCAAUAUUGAGGACGCAACGAAGAAUCGAACAAAAUAAACAGAAAAACUCUUUUAGUACUGAGCAAGCGGCCGAAAUAGCAUCGACAGCAAAUAAACAGUGAGACUGGCAUUGCCUUAGCAUAAACAAGACCCUAAACAAAAAACAACCGAAAUGAUGACAAGAAGACAUUUGGCUUUUGUUGCAAGUGUAUUCCAACACAGUGAGGAGCCGACUAAUUACAACAUUCAAUAUUUUCUGGAUGAAGUCACGUCAUCGAAAUACAAUGUGAUCUACGUAAAAAUUGAUUCGCUAAGAAAAAAAUUGGACGAUUUGGAGUUGUACGUGCAUAGACUUCAUCAACGUGGAACAGAAAUUCAUGUCAUCGCUAUCACCGAAAUCAAUAUCCAUGCAGAAACCAGUAAAUACGUCAAUUUACCUGAUUACAAUGCAUAUUUCAGCACAAAUCCGAAUGGCAACGGAGGUGUUGCUAUUUUCAUACACAAAUCACUCACAUCGGGUUUGAUAGAUAACUUGGAAAAUGGCGGUAUUAAUUGUUUGAUCGCCAACAUUCCAAAAUUAAAUGUUAAUGUAGGUGUUCUGUACAAAAGUCCGACUGCAACGACCGAAUCGUUACUUGAAUAUUACAAAAGGAUUUUGAAAAAAAAUCAAAGAAUGAUUUUGUUCAGUGAUGUUGACAUCGAUUUAUUAAUAUCAAAUGUGUCCACUAGACGGUAUACUAACACAGUUAGAGAGCAUAAUUUUUUCAUAUUGAAUAAAAUAGAGUAUGAUUCAGCCACCAGAGAAAUAUCUCUCCGUAAUGGUCUUGCAGAAUAUUCAAUCAUGGACCAUGUUUUGUCUAAUGGUAAACAAUUCAAAUAUUCAUUCUCACUUUGUGACACCACCUUUUCGGAUGACAAAAUCAUUGCCCUGGGCUUUCAUGAUAAUAAGCCAGACAAAAUUGAAUUUAUCGCUGAAGCAAAUGCGAUUACCUAUAAUAUGGUUGACUAUCGCAUGUUUAAUCAGCGUUUUUCUGAAAUUGAUCUGCAAUCAGUUGGAUCGAUUGACUCUCUUGUGUCAGAAAUGAUCGUAUGCAAAAUGGAUAGUACUAUACAGAGACAACGAUUUCGACGGAAUCGCGACAAACCGUGGAUUUACGAUGAAUCGUUGGAUAAAUCGGAUCGAUUUAAGAUGCGCAGUGAAGCGUAUGCCAAUGAAAUCAAUCAACUCGAUAUAGAUUCGAAACGUCUCUGUGACACUAUCAACGAAUGUCUGACGAAUAAUCCGUCUAACAAACAUUCAAUCGAUGCGAUGUACAACAAAACCCGACAAAUUGUUGCCGAUAAAAAAGAAAUUGCCAAUAUUCUCAACGGAUACUUUUUGGAUAUUGGGAAAAUUUUAUACAAUCGCAUACCUCAUAUGAUGAAUUGUGUACUUCCAGGAGUCGAUGUGAAUCGAAAUCACAUUCAAUACAUUUCAACAACAACUGCCGAGGUUAAGAAAAAAAUCGAUCUGAUGAAGAACAACAAUAAUUUUCAUGAUAGUAUUUCAUCAAAUACUCUGAAAUUUCAUUCCCGCAAACUGGCGCCUCAUCUGAAAAGACUUUUUAACGACUGUUUUCGCAACGGUGUAUAUCCACGCUCACUGAAAAUCGAUCGAAUCGUGCCGGUUUAUAAAAAAUUUGAUCCAUUGCAGCCCAAAAACUACAGACCAAUCAGUGUACCACCAAGUCUAUCGAAAUUAAUGGAAUCGAUCAUUUGCGAUCGAAUCACCGAUUUUUGUCUCCAGAACAAUAUUAUCGACCGAAACCAAUAUGGAUUUCAAAAGAAUUCUAGUGCAAUAUCUGCGGUGGUGACCGUGGUCGAUUAUUUACAAGUUGGUUUGAACGAAUAUCCUGGCUCAAUCGGAGCCUGUUUGUUUAUCGACUUGAAGAAAGCGUCUAACACAAUACCCCAUAAAUUGUUUAUGAAUAAAUUGUUUCGGAUUGGUAUUCAAGGUCCGUUGUAUAAUUUAAUUGCGGAUUAUUUGCACGAAAGACGUCAAUACGUCGAUAUUGACAACGUUCUGAGUGAGGAAGCGGUUAAUCCAAACGCAUUUUCCAUUCCUCAGGGUUCUGCUCUCGGUCCAUUGUUCUUCUUACUGUACAUAAAUGACAUUUUCAAAAUGAAACUUCACGGAAAAAUCAUUUUAUUUGGUGAUGAUACGGCAAUCGUUUAUGUAGAAACCGAUCCAGUUAUAUUGAAAAGACACAUGGAGAGUGAUUUGAAAUUACUCAACAAAUGGUUCAACAAAAAUGCUCUCACCUUGAACACAGAAAAGACCAAAGCAAUGUUGUUCAAUGCUGAAAAUAUUGAGUUGCAAAUAAAUUUAAAUGUAGGAAGCAAGGCAAUCGAAUUUGUAGACAAUCAUAAAUAUAUGGGUGUGUAUUUGCAGAACAAUUUGAAGUGGGACGUCCACAUCAAUAAGAUUAUUACAGAAAUAAGUGCUUUAGCUGAUGCGUUCAAGAAAAUUGGCAACAAAGUAAACGGCAACAUUUCACUAGGCAUCUACUAUAAAUAUGUUUAUAAUCAUUUGUCUAAAAUUGCAUCUAUCUACGGCACAUUCGCUACCAAAGUUCAACUAAAGCGUUUGCAGGUAGCACAAGACAUGGCAAUAAAAAGUAUUUUCUCAGGUGCCAACGACUAUAAUAUAAAUGCAAUUUAUGUCCAAUAUAAAUUGCUUAAAGUCAGUCAAAUCAUCAAGUAUGAUUUAGCUUUGUUGAUUUAUAAGGUCAAGAAUAAUUUUCUUAAAUUAAAUCGACAAGUGAAAGACAUAAGUGGUAAAAAUAUUUUGAGUUGCGGGCUAAAAUAUUUCAAUUCACUCGAUUCUUCAAUUCAAAACCAACACGAACUCCACCAUUUCAAAAGAAACUUCAAACGAAUUUGCAUCAAUUCGAAUAGAUAUUAGAAUCUCGUUGAUUUACUGACACUCGAAACUAUUUUGAACGCCUUUUUUUCUCUACAAAUAUUUGAAUUAUUUUUGAAUUAAGUUUCAAAUUAGAGUUAGAUAAAAGACGAUUUAUUCCAUAACAUGAUGUACUUAAACCAAUGAACAAAUGAGCUCAAAAAUAUAUGUGUUCUGUCAAUUAUAAGUUAGAAAAUAAGACGAUACACUAAGAUAAAAAUGUAGAACAGACAUAAAUAGAACAUUGCAUAGUUUAGCGCUGGUUUGCUGCUCUCACACCACACAACACACAGUAUGCAGCAUACUGUGUGUAAUGUGGUGUCAGAGCAGCAAACCAGCACUAAACUGGUGUCAAUUUCUUUUUGGGCGAUAAGACUUUAUUGUGAUGAUUGAUUCAGUCCUAUAUCAAAAUAAAUCAGAUAAAAUUUCAGAUUAGAUGAA